GACGUCUGGUCGCAACGCACGUACAAUCUCUGCGCGUGACAUCAGCACGGGGUGAGGCCGGUUUGAACGAGCCCGAGAGAAAAUGGCUGUUAAUGUUCAUUCAACAUCUGUGACCAGUGACAACCUGAGCCGCCAUGAUAUGCUGGCAUGGAUCAACGAGUCCUUGCAGCUAAACUUAACUAAAAUCGAGCAACUUUGUUCAGGUAGUAUGUACUGUCAGUUCAUGGACAUGCUUUUCCCUGGAGCAGUCGUGCUCAAAAAAGUCAAAUUUCAAGCUAAAUUGGAACAUGAAUACAUUCACAACUUUAAGGUUCUGCAAGCAAGCUUCAAAAAAAUGGGUGUGGAUAAGAUAAUUCCUGUCGAUAAACUGGUAAAAGGGAAGUUCCAGGACAAUUUUGAAUUUGUGCAAUGGUUCAAAAAAUUCUUCGAUGCAAAUUAUGAUGGAAAAGACUAUGACCCCGUUGCAGCUCGUCAGGGACAGGAGACGGCCCCAGCUCCAGUGCUGUCUGCUCCAGUCCUGAACAAGCCUAAGAAACCUUUAGGCUCUGGAAACACAGAUGAUAGUUUUGCUGGAGGAUCUGAAGGAAAAGCUUCAAGAACAGACCCAACACCAGGUUUAAAGAAAAUGGCAAAAAUUGCUCCCCAAAGGACAGUGCCUGUUCAGAGAACUGCAGUAAGUAACAAGCCAGCCCAAGGUAUUGGCAAGAAGCCCGCAACUGUAGGGAAUGGAGAGGAUGAAUCUGCAGAACUCAUUCAGCAGAUAAAUGUGCUGAAAAUUACUGUUGAGGAUCUAGAAAAGGAAAGAGACUUUUACUUUGGCAAAUUGAGAAAUAUUGAGCUAAUUUGUCAGGAGAAUGAAGGUGAAAGUGACCCCGUUUUACAGAGGAUUAUAGAGAUUCUAUACGCUACUGAUGAUGGUUUUGUCAUACCUGAUGAAGGAGCACCCCCUGAAGACCAAGAAGAAUAUUAACCACAUGCACACCUAUAUCGCAGUCAUUUAUUGUCCAAAUCAUGUGCUUAACGUUAAAUAACCCCAUUUAUUCUCAGAGGGCUGUUUCUCUGCACCUAGGGGGCAACACCUUUUCUUUUGAACGUGCACUUUGCCAAAGUUUCACUCAUUUUGCAGGGCUUAGGUAUUGGACAUAUGGGUUUGUGGCAAAAAAGUGUGUGUAAUGGGCUGAUGAAGGUUCAGUUACUGGUGGGACUGUUUGUUGUACAGUAUACAUACCAAUGCCUUAAGGGGUUUCUAAAUGCUUUUCUAAGUCCUACAGUAAAUGUGUGUCUCUGCAGUAAUGCUUAUUCCUGACUGAGCAGCUUUCUUACAGUGUAUAGUGCUUGUGAGUACUUUCAUGUUGGACGAUCUGAUUCUUGUGCUGUAAGCCUCUGCUCUGUCUGCAGAAGAAAUUAAGAUUGUGCCCUCCCUGGCAGCCUGGGGAUUCAAGAUUAACAUGUACCUGUACAAAAAUGAGAUGAAAUUUGAGUGGCAAACCUCUGAGUUUUCAGCAUUUCUCUCUUCACCUUCUUCCUUUGUUUUAACAUUGUGAGACUUUGUAUUUAUGUUCCUCUUGCUCCUUCUUUUUAAGUAUCUGCUGUCUUUCCCACCCCAUAUUGCCAGGCUUCACCUCUGGAACAGGAACACUGCUGUUUUUACAAUAAAUUGGGAUUUGGUGAUGCCAUAACAAGUGGGAAUUGCUUUAUUACACACUUCCUGUGCUUCCGUAGUCAGCCACUUGCUGUCCUUUCUAGUCCACUUCUGCCCUUUUUACGCUAUUCUUCUCUUUUUAUUUGGUUUCACUUGGUUUUUCUACUUUAAAUAAUUUCUAAAUAAAACUUCUGCAUUUCAAGAGUU